CAAUGGGAGGGCCGGAUUUGUUUCAAUUUCUCCUGUGACCCUCCACCGGCAGAAAGCUCAGCGCUUCGGAGAGGCGUUUCACCAGCUUUUAAAAGAAAAAAUGGAGCAUCCUAAAUUUAGGAGGACCCCCAAUGGGACCCUCGUGUUCAAGGCCUCCAAAGAGGCUCAGGCCAUUGGGCCUCGGCAGGGAUGCUACAGAGCAAAGGGCCCGGAGGAGGUGGAUGCAGAGGCCUGUGCACACGUCGCCUCAGAAGGUGGUGAUCCCAGCAACACCAUCCUCACGCUGAGCCGGUGGAAGGUUCAGUUUGGCCGUUAUCAGGGUCAGACCUUCCACUGGCUGCUGGAGAACGACGUGGGCUACGCUGUCAACCUGGUUGCCUCCCAUCAGAAGGAGCGAGAGAGGACGGGGUCUCAGUCCCCACUCAUGGCCAACAAGGACGCCUUCACCCGCUACUCCUCAGCGUACCCUGACUUUGUGGAGGCGGUCAGGUGCCACUGUGCGUUUGAAGAGACGCAGGUGAAGACCCUCCAGCCCAAUCAGGAGGGACAGGCUCUGGUUGGCUUUGGGGACUUCAAAUCUGAGACCCUGCAGAGCCUGUAUGACUGUGAGGAGCCCAAGAAGAAACAGUUUGUCAACUUCCUGCGAAAUAUGGCACCAGCUCCUGGCUCACAGAUGGAGAACGCCGUCCGUUAUGUCAAGAAGAGAGACCGACAGAGAGCGAGGGCUGCUACAGCCGCCACCACAGCUGCCAUCAUCAGCAUCAGCAGCAGCACAGCCUCUGUCUCGGCUGCAAAGAUGGGGCCCAAAAGCACUUCACAGUUUGCAGCCUUUGUCUCUGUGGUGGAAAUGCAGGCGAACGUUAAAAACCAGGCGGCCCCUAAACCUGUGUUUCCAGCCUCCUUCACACCAGCUCUUCCCUCCAGAACAUCUGAAGAACCUACAAAUGAAGAGCUGGUUCAGGCAGCAGUUCACACUGAGGAGUCCUCUGACGUACAGGCACCUCUCUCACAGCACCUGCAUCCACCUCCUACCACUUUCUUAUGGGAGGAGCCCAUAGGUGAGGAUUUGCUGGAGGCCUCACUGGAGCUGGAUCCACUUGUGGACACAACAGCUCCUGCUGCUCCUCCCCAUGAGGCUCCCCCUCCAUCUUUGGCUCCUCCACCACCCCAGGCAGGAACAGCCUCCAUCCCUCCCCCUGCACCUGCUGGCAGCACAGAGCUGUUACCCGAGUCCUGGAGGGCAGCUCUGACUGCAGAGCAGCAGCAGUGGAUCAGCCGGGUGCUGUUUACCAGCGACAGCUCGGGGAGGCCGCGGCUCAUCACCGAGCUGAACUUGUGGUGGUACCCUCCCCAAACCCGGCCGGUCUACAAUCAGCCUCCCGCAACCCCUGACCCCUUCUUUGCAUGUCGGCUGUUCCUGUGGAUGCCCCACAGGAUCUGGCGUCUGCAGCUGACGUGCCCCCAGCCUUUAUGUCAUGGGUCCAUGGCAAAGGCUGGGCUGUACAGGACCAUCCGGAGGGUUCUGGACAUCGACGGCUGGUAUCUCAUGGCCACCGAGUACCUCGAGUGCCGUUGGUGUAAGAAGAAGGUCGCAGGGUGGUCACAGGGCAUGAUAAGGCAGCUGCCCCCCACCUACAGCUGCCAGUUCCCUGCUGUAUUGACGUACAAGCUGUCCUGUGACCAGAGGGUGAUUGCACAGCUGAGGUCACGCGCCCUGGGCAACAGUGCCAAUCUGCUUUACAACACCCUGCAGGAGCAGCACUCGGAGUCCUGGAUGCGGAGAGCAAUCCAGUACCUCGGCGUUUGCGAGCAGUUCCUGGCCUUGUCCAACUUGAGGGGGCAGUUUCCACCACCGCCCCCGAUGCCCCCUGUGCCAUCACCUGUCUGUCUGCUGACAGUGUACGGCUACGAUGUCCUGACACGGCUGCACGAAAACAAGGCCAGGAUCACAUCCACCUUUGGAUCCAUCCUAAAGAUGGAUUCCACCAAGAAGGUGACGAAGAAGCUCACAGGUACCGCUUCAGACACGGCCGCCUGGGUCACUAAUGUCGGCAACGAGCACGGCCAGGUGCUCAUCAGUGUCCUAACCUGCACUGAGGGCUCUGACGGCCUGACCCGAAUGGCGGCCGGAUUAAUGAGGCGGUACCGAGAUGCUGGGGUACCUCCCCCCCAGCUGAUCUAUGUGAAACAGGACUGCUGCAACAGAGACGGCGUGUCCAAGACAGCUGCCUUAUUUCCAGAGUGGGGACAGCUGGUGGUUCGUCUUGACAUCUGGCACCUGAUGCGGCGCUUUGCAUCAGGUGUCACCACAGAGAGCCACCAGCUGUACCCCACCUUCAUGAGGCAGCUGUCUCACUGCAUCUUCGAGGUGGACCCCGAGGAUGCCCGCCGUCUCACCGAGGCCAAGCGGUCCGAGCUGGAGGGGAAGCACGGGAUGGUCGGCCUGACAGAGGCCGAGGUGAUCCAGAGGAUCUCCAGAGAGGAGUGGAAGCUCCACUGUCGUCGCAGGACACGCGGGGCCGUGGAGACUGCGCUCCUCAUCCAGGACCUCCUCGACACCUUUGGUGGUGCGGCAGGACGUGACACCCUGGACGUCCCGCUGCUUGACGCGCUUCGCAUCCAGGACAUCUGGAGGACACAGAUGCGCCACCUCACCUGUAUUCAGGACCCACCGGGUGUGCAGCUGUACACCGAGACCGGCAGGCUGACAAAGGGCGGAAUCAGUCUGCCAGUUUAUCGCUGCGCGAGGGGCUCCACUUCUCUGGAGUCCUUCCACCUUCACCUCAACCAGUUCAUCCCAGGGACGACGGCGAGCGCUAAGUACUUCCAGGCAUUUCUGGUUGAUGGACUGGUGAGGUGGAAUGAGGACCGCGCAGCAGCAGCUGCACCCCGAGAUGCAGCUGAGGGUCACGUGGCAUCUCUGUACUCUUACAAUGGCCACCUCAAGCACGUCCUUAACCAGAAUAGCCAAACGGUGCUUGGCCUUCAGAUGGUUAAGGAUUUCACUAAGCCUGCUGCGUACACAGGGGAGCUUAUCGGGGUGGAGUACCUGUACCAGCAAACAGGCGUCGUGCUUGAGGAUGUCAGCCUGGACCCUGACACUCCGGAUGAGGCUACUGCCGUUGACACCCUCAUGGAGGUGGAUGAGGGGAUCGAGGAGGACGUCGGGGACCCCACCAUCUUUAAACCUGAUCCACCCCCGACCACCAGCACAGUGGCAGCAGCUCAGUCAGCUGAUCCAGCUGAAGCACCCAAGUCUGAGCCAUCUACUCCAGCUGCCCCCCAUCAACAUGCCCCUGCUGAGGCCCCUGAGGUCCAGGCUCCUGCUCCUCAGCACUCCUCAGACUCUGAGGAUGAGGUCCAGGGUCCUGAUGGUCAGCCAGGGUAUCAGCAUGUCUUAAAGCUUGCCCGUGCCCUGGUGAACGUGAGGAGCCUUCAGGGGCUUUCCACCAAGAGGGUAGACAGACUCGUCACUCUCUGGCAAUGCCUGCCAGAGAGGGACAAGCAGCGAGUGGUCUACCCUCCCAGACACCGGGAGAGGCAACUGAGGGGGCGGUUUAAGGCAGCAAAGGGGAAAAACACCUCCUGUCCGGGGAAGGAGUCUCUCCAGCGCUGUGUUCUUGGACUGAACUCGGGCCCUGCAAGCUGGCCCAACGCCAGUCGCCUGGUGGAGGCCAUUUGCAGCCAGCUCUGCCGUCUUCACCCUGCAGCCACGCGUGUCCGUGGGAUUCUGAGAACUCGGUGGUCCCUCAUUCUCACUGAUUAUGUGGCCAUCAAAGAGGCAGUGCUGACAAGCCCGAGGUUGAUGGCUCAGACCAACAUUCAGCUUUUCGAGCUGAAUCAACGGACCCUGUCACAGUGGUUCUGCAGACGCCAGAAAUCCUGCGAGAGGGCUGUGCUGGAGCAGGGACUUGGAAUGGUUCCUGCUCCAGCUGCUGCUGACCAGCCUCUCCCAGCAGCUAAAGGACUGUCCUUGGAGCAGGUGGGACAAGGACAGCCCUUCAGUUACAACCUCCCAGAGGAGCAGCUGGGACCCUCCAGCAGGGGACUGCCACCUCCAACAGACCAGCCUGGGCCCGUUGCUGUCCUUCCUCCAUCUCCUCCUGACCUGCGGACACCUCUCCUGCCCACCUCAGGUUCGGCUACUCCCUCGGCUCCUUUUCCUGGACCGCAGCGUGUUCCCCGGACUACCGCCUACAGGAAGAGGAAAGCAGCGGAGGCUGCUGCUGCUGCUGCUGCUGCUGGGCAGGUGCCCCCCCAAGGACACAAAGCCCGCCGGCAGCCCAUGCAGUACACCUGCAGCAAGUGUGGCCAGCCUAAAAGGCUCGACACUGGCCACACUCGCAUUGCAGGUGUGUCCUACUGUGCGGCUGUCGGUGGGAAGACUGUGGAGGAGUGGAAGGAGGACAUGAAACGGCGUGACCCCCCAAAGCCGUGAACAUGUUCAUUUUGUUCUGUAUUCAAGUUAUUUUACUAAUGUUUUCUUUUAAUUAA